GUUCCAAAGCUCUUUCACCAAAGUCUUAUAUCCAUGAAUUCAACAGAAAUACAAGAAAUUGAUCAAGUGGAAGCCAAGAUAGGUACAGAAGAGGCAUCACCGGUAUCCAAGGAUGAAGUGCCCUUGAGUACUGGUUCUCUCAUAUUUCAUGAACCGGGUAUUAACUGCUGCAUCAUAGCGAUUAUGGGAUACAAGUCCAAGCUUGAUCCUGCGGUCAUCAAAGAGGGACUAAAGCAGACUCUGAUUAAGCACCCUUGUUUCUCCAGCAAGCUGGUGAUGAACAGUGGUAAAAAGAAAUGGAUUCGGACACAAGUAAAUGUGGACAAUCAUGUUAUACUCCCAGAAGUAGACACGGUAAUGGAAUCUCCAAGCCAAUUUAUUGAAGACUACGUCACCUAUCUCACCAGAAUUCCUAUUGACUUGUCCAAACCAUUAUGGGAGCUUCACCUUGUCAACCUCAAAACCCCGGAGGCAGAGGCUGUUGGCAUCUUCCGGAUCCACCAUUCAAUCGGUGAUGGCAUGUCUCUCAUUUCUCUUCUACUUGCUUGUUGCCGGAAGUCAUCCGAUCCGAAAGCCUUGCCUACGCUUCCAAAGCAAAAACAGGCAGAUUCAAGACACCCGCAUCCGCAUGGUUUUUUUCGGUUAUUCUUGGCUAUCUGGUCAGUGUUAAGGUUAAUUUUGAACACCCUUGUGGACCUUCUUCUAUUUGUGGCAACAGUUGUAUUUUUGAAAGAUACGAAGACUCCUCUUAAAGGUUCCUCUGGCGUUGAGCAAAACGCUAAGAAGAUUGUGCACCGGACUGUGAGUUUGGAUGACAUAAAACUAGUGAAGGAUGCGAUGGGCAUGACCGUUAACGAUGUCAUAUUGGGAGUAACAGAAGCUGGUCUCUCACGAUAUCUAAAUCGCAAAUAUGGUGAAGUUGAUAGAGGCAAGGGAGCGGAGCAGAAGUCAAAUCACCUUCCCAGAAACAUCCGUCUAAGGGCAACUGCUUUGGUGAAUAUCAGACAAACUGCCGGGAUCCAGAAAUCCAAGGUCAAGUGGGGUAAUCAAAUCGGAUACAUUUGCAUCCCUUUCACCAUUGCUUUACGAAAUGAUCCUUUAGAUUACCUUCGCGGAGCUAAAGCUGCAGGAGAUCGGAAAAAGCUAUCUCUUGAAGCUAUAUGCACACAUUUAACGAACAAAUGCGUAGUCAAGUUAUUUGGAUCUAAGCUAUCGGCAGCGUUGGUGUAUAGAGUUAUUUUCAACACUACGAUGACGCUUUCAAAUGUGGUUGGACCAGUAGAAGAAAUUAGCUUAUAUGGUCACCCAAUAGCUUUCAUCGCUCCCAGUGUUUACGGCCAUCCUCAGGCUUUGACAUGUCAUUUUCAGAGCUACAUGAACAAGAUGAGCAUUGUUCUAGCAGUUGACCCAAAUGUGAUUCCUGACCCUCGCCUACUUUGCGACGAUUUAGAAGAAUCUCUCAAAAUCUUCAAGGACGCUGUUGUGCUUGCUAAGGAUGCAGAUUGAUUAGCCGGGGAAUCAGUUCGAAAUUUCUCCCCUACACUUCCUAAGAUCGAAAUUGUUGAGAAGAGAGAGCAUGGGUUGCCAAUAUAAAAAUUUGUUGCUUGAUUUUUUUUUUUUAAUUUAAUCCAAAGUUGUCGAGUGAAUGAAGCGAUCGUGAGGCUCCAUAGCCCCAGUUACAUGGAAAAUAUGUGAAGUCAUGAAACCGUCUUUACUUGUAUUUCCAUAUGUAAGAAGACAGCCAUGUUACUCAUGGCAUGCCUCAGAGAUUGUGUUUCCGGCAGAUUGCAUAUGAUAUUAUAAUGAUUUGAAGAAAUCUCAA